AUAACCUUCAACUGUCUGAACCGUUUUACAGAUGCAUUCCCGGGAAGGUAUCAAGAUUUGCCCAAGAAGGACGGAUAUGUGCCGGUGUACAUUCGCGUAGGAAACACGCCCUUGGAACAAAUCAACCGGGAUUUGGCUGCGGCCUUCCAGGACAGCAAUGCUCGUAGCAUUCGAGGAACAUUGAUCCAGCAACUUAACCGCAAUACACGUUUCUCGUCGGAAUCGAGCAGCGCCUCGAGCGAGGAAAUUGGAAACAUCAUUGCCAAGGGAAUGCGUGCCCACCUGCGAAACCAGACUGAUCCCAAUUCCAGCUCCAACGAAUCGAACUCAUCUGAGCAAAUCGGAAAUGAAAUAGCAUCGCUCAAGGCAGCUUUGGCCACCAACAAAGUAAACUAACAGUUGAUAAGGGCCUAAAUACCCCCGACUACAACUCUGCUCCAAGACCGGAGCAAUUCACUGCCAUCAGCACUUCUAUGGAGAGCAGAAUGUGAUUAUACAAUAAAAAUAAUAAUAACAAUUAUGAUUAUCAAGUGAAACUUAGUUGUAAUGCGCGUACUUCCACUGUGAGUUUUUCGAAUCUUCGGGUCAUCAUCGAUGCGAUCUUUUCCUACUGAAAUCAGCAAACACGCUGCUCUAGAAAAAAUCCCACCGAUAAGGGGUUUCGUCUCUUUUAAGCUAACUAAAUUAGUAAAUAAAACGUAGAAUUAAAAACAAA